AUGCCUCACAUCACACACUGUAUAUUUGAUAUGGACGGUCUUUUGCUAGACACUGAACGUGUCUAUAGUGAAGUAACCCAGAUUGUACUUGACAAAUAUGCUAAUGGUGCACGCUUCACAUGGGAUGUUAAGAGUACAUUGAUGGGGAGAACUAGCCUUGAGUCUGCAGCCAUGGUCAUCAAGGCUUACACUCUACCAAUGUCUGUCCAUGAGUACCUCACAAUCAUCUCUCAGCUUCAGGAAUCUUUGUUCCCACUUGUUAAGCCCUUGCCUGGUGUCGAGCGCUUGAUUAGGCACCUUCAUGCAAAGGGAGUCCCAAUCGCUGUCGCUACUUCUUCUACAAGAGAGAAAUAUGAAUUGAAGACAUCUUUGCAUAAAGAGCUUUUCGAAUUAUUUGACCACAUUGUGUGUGGAGAUGACAAGGGCAUUGUAAAUGGAAAACCUUCUCCAGAGUUAUUUCUGGUAGCACAACAACGCCUUGGAAACCCACCAGCAGAGAACUGCUUAGUCUUUGAAGAUGCAGUGAAUGGUGUUGAGGCCGCUCUCAAUGCAAAGAUGCACGUUGUAUGGAUCCCUGACGCUAACAUCUUAGCAUUGGGUAAAGACAACGAAACCCAUGGGGCAACAGUUGUAUUGGAUUCCAUGGAGAAAUUUGUACCAGAGCAAUUUGGUCUUCCUCCCUACACAGAGUAA